UCCCUCUCCCUCCUCUCUGUGCCACGUGUCCUCACCUCUCAGCGUCACGUUCCCUCACAUCCACCACCGCCGCCACUCUCUACACAUCCCUCGCUGUCACGCGCACCUCCCUUCGCGUUCCUCGGUACGCGCGCCUUCUCCACUCACUUCCCCGGCGACAGCCAACGGGACGCUGACUCGCUCCGAGUCGAAUCGGAGGUUGACUCAGAGCUACUUAGAGCGAUCGGGGAUGCCGCCUCCACCGGCGGCGGCGGCGAAGAUGACCGCAUUUUCCCCGUUCGCACUUUGAUUUCGAUGCUUGAUGCGUACCAUGAUGUUUCUGGAUUUCCAUGGUGGAUAAUUAUAGUUUCAUCUACUUUGGCUCUGAGGAUUGUUCUGCUUUUUCCUUUGGUUCUAACACUUCACAAGGUUAAAAGAAUUGCCGAGUUUUUCCCAAAAUUGCCUCCUCCAAUUCCACCACCUUUCUCAGGAAAGAGUUAUCGUCGUCAGUUUCAGUUUUUCCAGAAGAAGAGAAAAGAAGUUGGGUGCCCCUCAUACGUGUGGCCACUGUUACCUAUUAUUACCCAGCUUCCAUGUUUUUUCUUGUGGAUGAUUAGCAUAAGGAAGAUGUCACUGGAUGGUCACCCUGGUUUCAGUUGUGGUGGUGCUUUGUGGUUCCAGAAUUUAACAGAACUCUCUCAUGAUUAUUCAGGCUUCAUAUUUCCUAUUCUGAUUGCUAGUCUGCACUACAUUAAUGUUCAGAUAUCCUUCCGAAAACCUGUGGUUGAAGAAGCGAGGGACAUCUUUGACUUAUUAGCUAAAUACUACAAGUGGUAUUUGGACUUUCUAACACUGCCUAUAGCUUUUAUUGGCUUCUGUAUUCCUCAGGGAAGCCAACUCUAUUGGGCCACCAACAGUUCAUUAACCCUCAUUCAGCACUAUGCCCUUAGACAUCCUGUUGUCCUUGCAAAAUUGGGGUUACAAGACAACAAAAGUCAAAAAGCAGCUAUUGAGGAAGGUGGUGAUUCUAAAGCUACCAAGGAAUUUUUGUCUCCUGGAAACAACCCUAUAGAUUCACCUGAAAAGUGGCAUAAGUUCCCCAUAGAGGAAAUGUCCCCUGAAGCAUUGGUUGCUCUUGCAAUCCCGUUUAUGAACAGUAAUGACAAAGAAAGUGCUAUCCCUUUACUAAAACAUGCACUUGAUAAGGACCCUCAAUAUGUAAGAGCUUUGGUUUUGAUGGGUCGGAUUCUGUUGCUGAAACAGAGUAAUGAUGAAGCUAAUGAAUACUUUGAGCGUGCAAUAUCAAAGCUUUAUCAUGCUGGCCUCCCAACUGAUGCAGAAGAUCUUGAUCUUUUAAUUCUAUCGUCCCAGUGGGCCGGAACUGCAUGUGAACGACAGGGAAAGAAGGCCGAAGGACGCGUACACUUUGAAAGAAUUGCAAAUAUGGAGGAGCCGAGAGAUCCUACCAGCAAACGCUACUAUUUUGAUGGGUUAUUACUGCUUGCUAGCUCUCUAUAUGAUGAGGGUAAUAAGGAAGAAGCUGCCAAGUACCUGCGUCUUGUUGUUGCUUACAACCCUUCUUACCAAAAAUUCUUGGACCAGUGCGAGAGAAAUGAUGAUGAUGAUGAUGGUGACGAUGAUGAUAUUGUCACCGAUCUUGCCAAUAGUAGGAGAGAACUUUGAAUUCAAUUGUUUUGGUUUCUAUUUAUGUUUGUUGUAUAUUCAAAACAUAAAAGUUUUUCUUUGCACUAUAGGCUUAGGCAUGUUUAGUUUAGAGUUUUGAAUUAAUAUUUUAGCUGUGUAUUUCAAAUUCAAAAUUUUUGUGUAUCCCCCUUUAAUAGUGAAGGGUGUUCGAGACUCCAUACAUAAGAUAUAAAUGAGUAGAAAUAACAGAACUCAUAUUCGAUUACUUAGAAAAA